CCGCCACCGCACCAGUUGUGACUCCAUUACUUUUUGGUGAUACAGUCGUCGUUUUUGAGAGAGAAGCAACAUCAUGCCAGUUACAGAAAACUUCGAAGCCGAAGGACUUGAGAAAAAUCCAGACUUGAACUUAGCUCAGUUAAAAUUUCGUUUAGGCCUAGAUGGCAAAAAUCCAGAUGAAAAAUUGAAAAAUGAGUUGCUGGAGGGGAUUUCUAAUAACAACAUGGCUCCAUUUUAUGAAAUCGUUUGCAAAGAUCUCUCAUGGAAAACGGACCAGAAGCUGUUGAAAAAGAUGAAGGAAGCAAAUGAGGCAGAAUUAAAACAUCUUGACAGUCAGAUAGAGGAUGCACAACAAAACCAGGGAGAGACAGAAGUCCGAGAUGCACUGUUGGCAAAGGCUGAAUAUCUCUGUCGUAUCGGCGAUAAGGACCCAUGUCUGAGUGCCUUCAGGAAGGCAUUUGAAAAGACAGUCGCAUUGGGACAUAGGUUGGAUGUAAUAUUUCAUCUAAUACGUGUUGGUUUAUUUUGGGGAGAUAAUGAUCUCAUUACACGUAAUAUAGAGAAAGCCAGAGACAUGAUAGAAGAAGGUGGUGACUGGGAUCGUAGAAACCGUCUGAAGGUGUAUCAGGGACUGUACUGCAUGUUUACCCGUGAUUUCAAGACCGCUGCCAACCACUUCCUGGACACAGUCUCAACGUUUACCUCAUAUGAGUUAAUGGAUUACAAGACAUUUGUCACAUAUACUGUGGUUAUCUCUGUCGUAGCAUUGGACAGGACUGAUCUUAGGAAAAGGGUUGUGAAAGGUGCUGAGAUUUUAGAGGUCCUUCAUAGCUUGCCUGAAAUCCGUAGUUACCUGUUUUCACUCUAUAAAUGCCAAUAUAGAGAGUUCUUCAAAUGUCUUAGUGCUCUGGAACCCAUGUUAAGAAAUGACCGUCUGAUGAAUGUCCACUAUCGUUAUUAUGUCCGUGAGAUAAGGAUCCUCGCAUAUUCUCAGCUGUUGGAGUCCUACCAGAGUUUAACUUUGCAGUACAUGGCUGAUGCUUUUGGAGUCAGUGUGGAAUUCAUUGACAAAGAGCUGUCCAGAUUUAUCGCUGCUGGAAGACUGCAUUGCAAAAUUGAUAAAGUAGGAGGUAUUGUUGAGACAAACCGACCCGACAGCAAGAACUAUCAGUACCAGGCAACCAUCAAACAAGGAGACAUUCUACUUAACCGUGUACAGAAGCUUAGUAGAGUUAUCAACAUUUAAAUAACAUCAGCAAUCCAGCAAAUUGAAUACAAUCUCUAGUGACACAGCUAUUAACUGCUUUACCUGCCUGUCCCCCUGCCCAAGUUUACUUGCCUAUCCCAUGUUUACCUGCCAGUUCAUGGUACUUCCUUGAGGCUAUGCCUAUCUGUUGUCCAAGACAAAGUGUGCUUUUUUAGCCCCCUCAAUAUCCUGUCAAAAGGAAGCUUUUUAAAAAUUGUUUAAUGAACACUGUUCUUUUUAAUUAUAUAUUAAAGUAACAUUAAAUAAAGGGCAGAAAAUGCUUUUGGGGAUUGGCAUGCUCCUCUUUGUUUCUUAUACAGUAGUUUUGUAUUCAAUUAUAUAUUUAAAUAAUUGGAGGAUAUUGUGUAAAAUGCUAUUUCUGGUUGUAUUCGAAGCAUAUACACUGUACCUUAAAACAGUUUUCAAAGAAAUUUACCUGAUGUUAACUGCUUAGCCUGCCUGCCCACCGGCACAUGAACAUCUUAUGAUCAUCAUGCAUACGAUUGUCAUGUAUGUGAUCAUCAUGCAUGUGAUUGUCAUGUAUGUGACCAUCAUGUGUAUGAUUGUCAUGCACCUGUAUGGGAUCAUCAUGCAUAUGAAUGUCAUGUAUGUGAUCAUCAUGCAUGUGAUUGUCAUUUAUGUGAUCAUCAUGUGUAUGAUUGUCAUGCACCUGUAUGGGAUCAUCAUGCAUAUGAAUGUCAUGUAUGUGAUCAUCAUGCAUGUGAUUGUCAUUUAUGUGACCAUCAUGUGUAUGAUUUCAUGCACCUGUAUGGGAUCAUCAUGCAUAUGAAUGUCAUGUAUGUGAUCAUCAUGCAUGUGAUUGUCAUGUAUGUGAUCAUCAUGUGUAUGAUUGUCAUGCACCUGUAUGGGAUCAUCAUGCAUAUGAAUGUCAUGUAUGUGAUCGUUAAGUGUGUGAUCUUCAUGUAUAUGAUCAUUAUCCGUAUGAUAUCCCAUUUGUAUGAUCAUCUACCAAUAUUAUGAUCAUGUGUGUGAUCUCCAUGUGUAUGAUCUUCAUGACAAUGUCAUCAUACUGUACAUGAUUGACAUUUAAAUAAUGUGAUUAACUGAAGUGAAUAAUAGAACAACAUUUGUAUCAAACUUAUCUGUCUUGAAAUUUGUCAUAAAUAUAUGACAUCAUGGUAUAUUACAGAUAAACUCUAAAUCGUCUUGUGGUAUGCUCUAAAUAUUUGACAAUAAAUUUUGAACGUUUUGAAAAAA